AUGAAGUGGGUCGUGCUGUUGGCGGUUUUGUCGUUUGCGCUGGCGGCGGUCCAGAAAAGGCCCCAGCACCGCCACAUUUCUUUUGAACCUCACGAUGACCAAAGCGGAGCAUUCACCAUCGUAGCUCUCAAAGAUGGCGUCCGUCUCGAGUUUGGUCAACUUGGCCGCCAGUCAUCCACCAACGAUGCAGAGGUAACCUUCUCGAUGACUGAAUUUGAGGAUUUAGAAAGCGGCGGCACGAGACUGUCCUUCACCUGGGAAGGCCCUAGUGACAGGGUCUUUGAGGACUGCUUUGACUUCGGUGACUUGCAUUGGUACGGAGGGCCUGAGCAGAAGGAACAGUACUGGCCCAUCCAGAAAAGUAAAUUACAAAAAUACUCUAUCGUAGCUAAAGAAGAUGACAACGCUGCUAUUUCUGAAAGAUACUGGGUCAACUCUGACGGUUGGUACAUCUACGUGGCAGCUGAAGUCCCUCUGUUUGUAGACUACCACAACUCCUUGGAUAACCACAUCUGUUUGAUAGCUGACGUAACUGAUCCCUACUCAACCAGGCGUCCUCGCAACAUCUUGAAAUACGACCUUUGGUUCUUUGACAACGCCAAGAUUGCGCACCUGCACGCUGUCGAAACUUACCUAGGCAAACCUUCAGGAAUUCCUGACUACAGAAUGGUCCAAUACCCCAUCUGGUCAACCUGGGCAAGAUUAACGAGAGGAUUCACACCAGAAAGUCUCCUUGCUUUUGCCAAGGAGAUCAAUGACAAUGAAUUUCCUAACGCUCAGUUUGAUAUUGAUGACUUGUGGGAAAUCUGUUACGGUUCACUGACAGUUGAUGAAAACAAACUGCCGAACUACAAAGGAGUGAUACAAGAACUCCAUUCGAUGGGAUUCCGUGUUUCUACUUGGGUGCAUCCUUUUAUUAAUAAAAAUUGUGAGCCUUGGUACUCUGAAGCCAUGGAAAAAGGCUAUUUAGUUCGGAGUGAGCAAGGCAAUCUCGACUCUUCAUGGUGGAACAACAACGGCUCCGUUCCUGCCUACAUAGACUUCACAAAUCCUGAGGCUACUACCUGGUACACUAGCAGGAUCCAAAACCUAAUAGACACCUAUGACUUUGAUACUAUAAAGUUUGAUGCUGGAGAAUCAAGCUGGUCACCUCAGAUACCCGUUCAAAAUGGCGACAUUGAACUUCACCCUGGACACGUUGUCCAAGCUUUUGUGCGAGCUGUUGCUCCAUUUGGCCCAGCGAUAGAAAUUAGAACUGGUAUGAGAACUCAAGACCUUCCAGUGUUCGUCCGUAUAGUAGAUAAAGACACCUACUGGGGUUACAACAAUGGUCUUAUUACAGUCAUCACCAAUAUUCUCGCUGUCAACCUGAACGGUUACCCUUUUGUUCUUCCUGAUAUGAUCGGAGGUAACGGCUACAAUGAGAUUCCGAGCAAAGAGCUCUUCAUUCGUUGGCUUCAGGCUAAUGUCUUCAUGCCUGCUAUGCAAUAUUCGUUUGUACCUUGGGAUUAUGAUACAGAGACAGUAGAAAUCAGCCGGAAGUACACCUACCUGCAUGCAGACUUCGCGGAUGAGAUCAUUGCGGCGAUGCAGGCGUCUGUCAGAGAUGGCACUCCUGUCAACCCUCCUAUCUGGUGGAUCGACCCUGAAGAUGAAGUCGCUUUGGGUGUUUUUGAUGAAUUCCUGCUCGGGGAGAAGGUCCUAGCAGCUCCAGUGGUGGAAGAAGGUGCAGUUUCCCGCGACAUCUACCUGCCCCGUGGCACGUGGCGCGAUGGCAACACCGGAGAGUUGAUCGUCGGACCGACGUGGCUCACAGAUUACCCUGCUCCUCUCCACAUCCUUCCUUACUUCACAUUAGAAAAGUAAAUUUAAAGUUGUUGAAUAAUAAAAUUCAUAAC